UUUGAAGCUUCUUGCAUUGUGCCCUUCUUCUUUGAGCCUGCUUGUGCUGCUCCAUUGGAUCAAGUAACUGUAACAUAACCAAACCGUCGGCAAACUAUGGCGAUUCUGCAGAAACCCACAAUCUGUUUUGCUUCACUUUUCGUUUUGUUUUGAUUUGGGGAGGGUGUUUGACCGAUGCACAUGUAGAGAAUCCGGUAGCAUUGGAUUUUGGUGAAUGGGGGGUUACCACGACACUUGGUGAUCGAAAAGUUGAGGAGUGUUGCGAAUUGACUGACACCACGACUACGAAUAGCAAGUCCAAGAAGAACCGGCGGCGUCAGAGGAAGGCAGUGGGGAUGCCGGAGACGUCGCCGGUUCAGCGGCUAUUCAACACGUGCAAGGAGGUAUUCGCCGCGUGCGGGCCUGAUAUCGUGCCUCGGCCGGAGGAUGUCGAGCGUAUCAAGGCUGCUUUAGAUGACAUGAGACUGGAGGAUGUGGGCCUUAACCCUGACACGCCAUACUGUCACAUAAUGGCACCAGAAAGGUUGCCAAUCAUAGCACGUCUGCGUCUCCACGAAUGCGAUAAAUUUUCGAUAGUGAUCUUCUGCUUGCCAGCAUCCAGUGCGAUUCCUCUACAUAACCACCCUGGAAUGACGGUUUUUAGCAAGCUUUUAUUUGGAACGAUGCACAUCAAAUCAUACGAUUGGAUGGUUGAUCGCUCCAGCGGCACAUCAGCUGUUCUGGGUAAUCCUCAAAUCCAGCCUUUUGGGGUGCGCAUGGCUAAGGUCAAGGUUAAUUCUGAAUUUACCGCUUCGUGUGAAACGUCCAUACUUUAUCCAGCCAACGGAGGCAACAUGCACCGCUUUACCGCGGUGACAGCUUGUGCAGUUCUCGAUGUAUUAAGCCCACCGUACUCCGACCCGGAAGGCCGACAUUGUACCUACUACCGCGAUUUCCCGUUCACCAGCUUCUCAGUUGAUGGAGCAUCAUCAGUGCCUGAAGAGGAGAGAGAAGAUUAUGCAUGGCUUCAAGAGAUACAAGAGGAUUUUACCGUGGUUGGAGUUCCUUACACAGGCCCAAUAAUAACAACGGACAAUUAAAUCGGACACUAACCUUGGCUUGGGCAGAUCUUCUCUCAUGUCAGACAUUCCUGCGGCUAAAUCUUUGCAGCCAUUCAGCUUUUGGUCUUUUUUUAAAUGCUUUUUUUUGUCUCUCCCUCUCCCUCCCUCCCUUUUCUUCUUUUUGUGGGACAUGAGGCACUAGUGGGCCUUUUUGGGUUUCAAAGUUAGAUGUACAUACUCCAAAGGAAAAAUUAGAGGCAAAAGGAAGUCUUUUAAAAUUUGGUGGAGUAAUUUUGGAUGUUGAACGCAAAGAAAUGCUAUAAAAGGUUCAGUCUUUUUCCUC